AUGGCUCCUAGCGACUCCGCAGUCGCCAAGCUCCAGAAGCUGGCCUACGAUGCUUUGAAUGCCUAUUUUGAAGAACAUGUGGAUGCGGUAAUCGAGAUUGAGAUUCUGCCUCCGGCGAUACAACCACCGGAUGGUAUUCUGAUGAAGGAUGGCUCAAACUUGGGAGUUCCGAAAAAGAUCCUGGCCUUGGCCUUCGUAGAAGCCCGAAAACUAUUCUUCGAGAAAGCUCACGACAAUAAAACAUCCGCUCUACAAGCAACGAAAGUUAUGCUUCUUUUUGACCCAGAGCAUCUCACAGCUGCACAUUUCCGCAAGCGCAGACUUCUUGAACUCAAAUCUGAGGUUGAAACCGAUAGUUCGACGGAAUACCAAGAAGCGUUGCAACAAGAGCUUUGUUUCCUAAACAGCAUCCUCACAUCUCCUUUGCACCGCCAGUCAAAGUCUCCGACCCUUUGGUACCAUCGUUUGUGGCUAGUGACACUUCUGAUGCCGAUCAAGAAGCAUGCAACCCAAGAUCAGAUCACAGCCUUUUGGCAAUCUGAACUCGACGCCGUUUGCAGGUCGGGAGAACAGCAUCCCAAGAACUACUAUGCCUGGCAGUACGCUCGCCGAUUGGUCGAGAGACUCGACAGCACCAAUAUUGUACUUGCGUUUUCUCAUUCGGUCAAGGAGUGGUGUUGUAAGCAUCCGAGCGAUAUCUCUGGCUGGUCGUUCCUUCAAUUCCUGAUGAUGAGGUUGGACCCUGUGGUAAAGAGGUUGGAAAUUGCGAAAGAUGUCUUAAGCUAUGCCCUAGAUUUGCAGGCAGAGCAAGAAUCGCUUUGGGUCUUCCUUCGGACAGUGUUGGCACACGAUACUUUGCAGGACGGGCGCGAUGAGAUUAUCGAAGGACUGCAUAAUCACAGUGAAGACGUUGAAAGUAUCGGCAAACCCCCAGCGUUGUCGCAUCGAAUUACUCAGACUUUACAAUGGGUCCAAACAUAUGGAGGCUCUGUCAUGGUCAUCAAGCCUACCAGCACGACACGAUCUUAA